AUGCCCUUAAAAAGAUUUAAAAAAAUAACACAAAAUCUCCAUAUAUCAAAUAUUUCCACAGAAGCUCAACGAAACUCACCAGAUUAUGAUAAAUUGAGUAAAAUUAGACUUACCAUUUCAAUUCUAAACAAAGUUUUUCAAGACAAUGUUCAAGUGUCAGAAUUUAAUUCAAUAGACGAAAGUCUGAUCAGGUUCAAAGGUCGUAGUCACAUGAAGUAG